AUGGCAGCCAAUACCCUCCUCCUCCUCAGCUUCCUCACCCUCUCCUCAGCCCACUUCAUCCUCCACUGGCCACCGACCGCCGGCUUCAUCGACGACUCCGAACCCACCUUACCAUGCGGUGGAGCAGUCGUAACGGUAAACAGCAGCAGCCCAGAAAUCCAAAUCAACCAAUUCGCCAUCCAAGUCCAGAACACCCAUCCCCAGGGCCAAUGGCAGAUCCGGGCGACCACGGACACCCAAGAGCCGUAUAACUUCACCACCAUCGUACCUAUCGUCAACACGACAGGUAUAGGCGACUUCUGCCUAAACUUCAUGAGCGCUCCUGCGGGGUUUGCUGGGAAGGGGGGUGUGAUACAGGUGAUUGAUAAUUCCGCGGAUGGGUUUCUGUAUCAGUGCGCACCCGUCAACUUCAUCAUAGGAUCCAAUACUACUCUCGGCCCUACCUGCUCAAACGCAACAGGCUUCAGUGCCGUCUUCACCAACCAGCAGAGUUUCCAGGAUGCUGCCGAUCCUUCUGCUAGUGCUAGUAUGCCUGCGAGUUCCGGGACCAUGACCAGUAUGCCCGGUAUGACAUCGGCUACAGCUUCGAGCGCACCUUCUGGCGCGGCGAGUGCAGCUGCUUCCAGCUCUUCUGCGGCAGGAGCGAUGGUGACGGGCGUGAGCGAGGUACUUGGUGGGCUGGGGUUGUUGAUGGCUGGUCUGGUCUUGUAG